GAAAUCGAAAACCUAAAAGAAUACGAGAUUCCUGAUUAUAAAAAUCUCGAAAGAUUAAAAUCAGACUUUCCAAAUGACCUUAAACAAGAAUUAAAAGAAUCUCAUCAAAAAAGACUCGAUUUCUUGAAAUAUCUAAAUGAAAUCCAAUUAAAUAAUGAAUGGACAAGAAAAAUUAAGAAAAAAUUUGAAGAUUACAAGAAUAAAUUUAAUAACUUAAGAAUUGGUGAAAUUAUUGAUAUUAUUUACAAUAAAGUUUUAAAUGAAAUCAAUAACAUCAAAAACCUUGAAGAUUUUAUCAUCAAUUCAUAUGGUCAUGGUAAAUUGACUGAAAAUAUUCUAGCAUUGGAUGAACAAACAAGCAUUGAUACAAAAACAUGUGGUGGAAAAUUUUACCUAAGAAAUUUUGAAAUCCAUUUGAAUUUUGUUAAAUUUAAAUUAAAUGAUGAAAAAACUUUUGAUAAAACAUCAUCAUUUUACACUCAAGAAAUAAAAGAAUAUAUUAAUAAAAUCAUAUCCAUACAUGAAGAAAACAGUAUCAUGUAUUACCAGGUUAUUAUAAAUAAAAUGAACGCUUCUACAAACAAAGAAGAUUUUAAAGAUUGGGGUGAUUUUGAUCAAAGUAUUAAAUAUUUGGAUGAUAAAUAUUUAAAAGAAAAAAAACCUCAGAUUUACAAGAAAUCAGGAAAAAAAAAUUACAAAAUGUCUGAACCCGUCAUUCCACCUAUUAUUCCAGAAGAAGAUGAUAGACUUCUGUAUGAAAAGAUAGAAAUUACAGAAGACCGUUUGAUUAAUGGACAUAAAUUUCAACAAGAAACUGAUACUCACACUCUCGAUCUUGUUAAAGAAAUAUGGGAAUU